GCGUUUGUAUGUUAGUUUAGUCAAGUUAGCGGCCUCAAUACGACGUAGCGGUCGUCAUAAAUACAUAAUAUCAAUACUUCAUAUUCGCAUUAAUUUAAAAAACACGUUAACCGAUAGAUAAAACUUUUAAAAACUUUCUCUAUUUCAUUUAAAAUUAAAGGGGGGAUAAAAAGUGUUAGGCACCGCAGUGACGACUUAGCGCGAGCCUAUAGUGGUUGUAUAGCAGAUAUACAAGAUGGAUUACCUGAGUGGGUGGUGCAAAAGUCACCGGCGUCUGGAGGGGCUCACGGCCAUAGUGACGGGAUGUAACACCGGUAUCGGCAAAGAGACCGUGCGAGACCUCUAUUUGAGAGGUGCACGAGUAAUAAUGGCAUGUAGAGACAUCACCAGAGCCAAUGAGGCUAAAGAAGACAUCGAGCAAACGAAAUCUACCGACAAAAGGGGGAUUCUUGUAGUGGAAAAGUUAGACCUUUCCAGUUUGAAGUCUGUCCGCGCAUUUGCUGCUAAAAUGCUGGCAUUUGAAUCGAAAAUCAAUAUUCUGGUUAAUAAUGCCGGGGUAAUGUGUUGUGCUGAAGGCAAGACGGAAGACGGGUUUGAAACCCACAUCGGGACUAAUCAUUUUGGACAUGCUCUUCUUACACUUCUGCUUCUUCCGAGAAUCACCGCUAGUGCUCCGUCCAGGAUAGUGUUUGUUUCAUCGUAUUUACACAUGAGUUUUUCAGGAGGCGAUUUAGAUUUUGACAAUAUUAACUUUGAGAAGACACCUUAUGAUCCUAUCAAGGCGUAUGCUAGAAGCAAAGCGGCAAACGUCGUUUACGCUAGAGUUCUAGCACAGAAGCUAAAGGAGAGCGGCAUAACAGACGUCACAACAUACAGCCUGCACCCGGGGGUGAUCAACACGGAGAUAGGCCGCCACUUCAGUGAUACUGUGUGGAACGGAGCAACGUGGGCCUUCCGCAACAUCAUCUACUGGUUCGCGAAGUCCCCCCGCUGCGGCGCCCAGACAACCAUCUACUGCGCCGUAGAUGACGCUUGCGCCGAUCAGAGCGGUCUUUAUUACUGUGACUGCGCACCAUCGACGCCUUCGAAGCACACUCAAGACGAUGGUGUAGGAGAGAAGUUGUGGAACUUGACCAUAGACUCACUGAAGUUGAAGAAUUAUGACCCUUUCGGUAAAGUUGAUCCGCCGAAAGAUUUGUUGGUAGAGUGAGUAGGAAGGAAAGGGAUGUACACUACUACGCGACAAGGUGUCUGCCUGGUAGGCACCAGACUACAGACCUAGAAGGUGCUGCUAUUGCAGCUUACAAAUUAUUAUUUGUAGGAGUUUAAGAUAAACGUGAUAAGUAUAUGAUUUGUUAUUUACUUAAACUAGAUUAAUAUUUUAUUAUAUCUACUUACUAUUAUAGAUAUAAAGUACUUACAUAUGCCUGUGCCAGGAGACUCCGCUCCUUCAUAGCAGAGUUUCAUCAUCAUCAUCAAUUUAAGAGCCACGCUCUUGUCGGUGUAGCAUUUUCCGAAUACUCUCCAUGCUACUUUUUAGGGAAAAAUAGGGCAGUGGUUUCCCUCUUGCCUUCCGCCCCGCAGUACUCUGUCUGACGCGAGUGGGAUGGCGCCCAGAGUAGGUAGUCUAUUACAAAGCCAUACUAGGACUCCUGUCCUCUGCCUCUGAAUAGUACUGACAGUUACUGCUGCCCUCUGUCAGGUCAGCAGAGUUUAUACAAAUAAAAAAAAUAACUAUAAGCAGUUACUAUGACAGAGUAAGGUGGCGCGACUGGAGCAAGGACCAGUGUCGUAGCUUCCCUUUAUUGUGGCUUCUUUUUAAGCGCUUUAUUAUAUUUUUUAAACAAUAAAUACACUUUAUUAUUGUUAUAAUAAAAUUGAAUUGCAUAUUAUUGUCAUAAAAACCUGCUUGCGCAUAAACUGAUGUCGGUAAAAGGCAUGUCGGCAUAUUUUAGAAGAUUUGAUUUGGUGAUAUUUUAUGGUGGUAUUUUAUAUUUAUUGGCUAAAGCUGCGUAGCCUAUCAUAUGUUACUUGUUGCAUAUAUUAUGCAUGGAUAUGUACGUUUAACUAUUUGGCACCUACUAUUGAUUGACCAACCGUUGUUUUACGAGCAUUCCACGUCUCAUAGGGCGGGAUAGGAACAUAAAAAAACCUUAGAACGUUAAAUGCUAAUUUAUCACGGAUAACUCAUGUAAGCAGACUAGUAGCUAGCCAAUAUACUUAUUCAAUAUUAUUGAUUUGCCAUGCUAGAAGGUUUUUAUGUUAUUAUACAUAGUUAUAAUAAAUAACGGUAUCUUGCAAAGUAAUCACAUAAACAUACAACAGUCUAGCUACUAGCUGCUUUCAUCGUAAGGUUGCCUGGCAGAAAUUGCUGUUUAGCAAUAAGGCCGUCUAUUGUGCUUAUUUUUAUUCGUAUGUAUAAUAUGUCUUGUGUAUAUGUUUUGUACAAUAAAGAAUUAUUGAUUGAUUAA